AUGCUGCAACAGACCAAUGGCGCUGUAGAGCGCGGUGUGGCCACGCCUCCUGUUCGUGGACGCGGCGGAAAUCGACAAUCGAGUGCAGCCAUGCCUUCUCCUCAAACUGCGCCUCGGCCUCCUCAAGGUCCAGCUGGUGCCGACGAGUCCGGCUCUACUCGGAGCCGCCCAGAAUCCCGCACCGAGUUGAUUGGCGAUGCCCCUACCCCAGAUAAUCGUCGCUCGGGCCGGAACCCUGAUCGGGAUAGGAACCGCGACAGGGAUCGCGAGCGCCGAGGUGACGAUGCCAGCACUGGUAACUCUCGACGAGAAGAGAGACGCGAGCGUGGCCGUGACUCUGAUCGCGAACGCAGCCGUCGAAGCGACGUUGGUGGUAGCGGCGGCGGUUCCGGACGGGAAGACAAGGAUCGUGAUCGAGAGCGCCAUGCGGAGCAACCCCGCGAUACUUUGCGUAGGGUGCCAAGUUCGCGCGAGGAGAUGCGACGCCGAGACCGACGUGAUCGUGGCGAUGACGGACCCCCAGACACGAGCGGACCUGCACCCAGCAGUGGCAGUGGAAAUGCCAACGAGGCCGAAGGCCGUCUUCGCCCGCCAUCAUCAACGGGUGCACCACCGCCUCCUCCUCCCCCUCCUCCCCCGCCUCCUCUUCCAGCUGAUGACAACUCUCCCCGUCGCUGGGGACCUGGUGGAGGCGGAGACCGAGGAAACCGUACCGAGCAUCGGGAUCGUGAGCGUGAGCGCCGUGGUGACCGUGGACGUGAACGAGACCACCACCGUGAGAGCGGCGGUGGACAGCGCAAGCGUGGACGUCCUAAUCCUGAAGACAACGGUGGUGAAGGAGGUGGACGAGGUGCACGUAUGGGUGGGGACAACAAGCGUCCUCGCCGCGGAGGAGCGUGA